CUGUUUAAUUUUAAAAUCUUAGCAUUUAUUUUGCCUCAUGAAAAGAUUGAUAACGCCACAAAGACAUACACACGCCCAUCUCUCUGUUACGUCAUGUACAACCAUUGUGUAGCCUAUCAUUAUUAAUUGACAUCCCACCACAGAAACAUUUUCAUCAAUUCAACACAGAGAUGGACGAAGAAAAAGACUUGGAAGAUAGCCACCAGGAGAAAGGGAUGGAAGAGGAGGUGGAGGUGGAGGCAGAGAAACCAGACGCUCAACUAAAGGAAGAGAAGAAGGUCAUGUCUGGCAAGGCCCCCACAAAAUCAGCAGACCAAGGCACUGAAGAAGGUUCCUCAGUGGCAUUCUGUUCACCCCGAGCUCACUAUCCAGAUAAAUACCGAAACAGAGCGGCAGUAAUUCAACUCUUACAUGAGGAAUUACGCAAGAGUCAACUUUACCCCUCAGGAAUGGAAGAGGACGUCUGCUUCCCAAUCCUCAUUAAUUUCAUGAGGAAUCUCACUGAUGGGCAGUGGAAGGUGAUUCAGGAGGGCAUGAGAAAUCCUACAACCAAAGUAGAACUUGCCAAAAUGUGUAGGAAGAUAGCGAAAACGGUUUCCCACAUUGCGGUAGAGAUCCUCAUCCCAACCCUUGCACAAAUAUUAGAGCUUGAUUCCGCUGGAGAAGCUAGUUCCUCUCCCUCGCUGACUGGAUCAGAGUGCGCCAACAUUUCAAGCAUCCAGGAACAUGUGGUGAAAUUGAAUGAAGAUGGUCUACCUAAGAGGCCUGGCAGUGGAAGGUCCCUGUGCAGUCAAUGGGCCAGGACUCCCUCCCCGUCGGCCACUGAUUUUGAGCAGUCACACAUGGUGACAUUUGAUGACAAAGAUCUAUCCACAAGGCCCAGCAGUGGAAGAUAUCUGUACAGUCAAUGGGUCAAGAGUCCCUACCCCUCAUCCACUGAAUUUGAACAGAGGCUGGAAUUGAUCCGCGGACACAGUUACCACAACAGAGAAUUGAGGACGAGUGACAGUGGCAGACAUUAUUACAGCUCCCACACACCCACUCCACGUUCUUCCACAAGUUCCCAGACGUCGUUGCAGAGGGCACAUCGAGUAGACGCUCGACUGACAGAUCCUCUGAAUGCCCUCUUUGGGAUCACAGAGGCCACAAUUCUCCAAACGCUGGGUGAUCAAUCCUGCUCUUCUGGCUCACCUGGAUUGACCAGAUCUGUGGUCAGAGAUGUCGUGAGUCAGGUGAACUCUGACAUCUCACUGAUCAUCUCCUAUUCCAGCUCAGGUAAAUCAAGUCCAGUGUUGUGUGACACUGGCAGGCGAUAUGCCAUGCAGGCCGCCCAGAAGCUGGUGUCUGUUAUCUGUGCCAAGUUGCGGAGGUUUGGAAUCACUGGACAGGCUGCGCCUCAUGCCAAAACCAAUCCAUCUAAGGAGAAUGUGGACAUUGAGGCUUCUCUUGCACCAUUGACAGGAGAGGUCAUGGCUGUUAUGGUCAACUCCAGAGAAUGCCAGGGAGGAGAGCAAGGAACAAUGGAUGUGCUUCGAGAAAUAACACACAAAGUAAAUGUUUUGGCUUCAAGGGAUAGUGUUGGUCUUCUGGAAGACUCCCUAGCAGAGGAAAAAAAUCUGAAAGAGACUGUAUCCUCUGGCAGCUUGGUGAGUCCAAACAUCCUCAUACUUUCACCUUCUGAGAAAAAGCUUGGAUCUCCUGUAAUGACAACCAUUGAGAAAUUCUCCAGUGGUGAAUUGAAGUCAGAAGCCACUAACGCUAUUAGCGAAGUGCUCAUUAGGUCUAGCAGAAGUCUAUCUGCACAAAUGUCUGCUUGCACACCUGAGCAUUCAUGUAAUCUGGCCAGUGAAAGGAAUCUGCCAGCUAUGCCAGAACUUUUAACAACUACAAUUAAUGUAGGUUCUGAAGCCUCUGGAAUUAUGGAUUCCUUUCUGAGCGAUAUGACAUGUAUCGCACAAUCAGAUUUCACAAAAAUGAAAGCUCUACCCGCGGCCCUUAACCUUUCUAAAAGGUUGCAGAAUACGCUGAGGGGAUUUUACUCUCGACUUUUGGCCCCUAACAGCUCCGAACGAGACAAAGAGGAGAAUCUAGAGCAAGCUAAAAACAUUUCUGCUCCUACUUUGAUCCAAAAGUCAUUUGGAUCCAACAAGAGUCUUGCUGGCUCUUCAUAG